CAUUCUCACUCAGUUGGUUUGCGAUCGCAAUGAGAGAAGCACCUAUGAUUCUACACUACCUUUCGAUGGACUAUGACACAGUCUGCCACAGGAAGAUUAUUAUAAUUAUUAUUAUAAAUGAGCAUCAUAAAGAUCGUGUGGGAUUCCAGCAAGGAGAAACCGUGGAAAGCGUGGACCUGGGCAAAGUCGGCUGCUAAAGAUGUGUUUAGUGGUGGCAAGGGCGAAGAAGGGAGUUUUCAAAAGGCUGGAAAGUUUGUCUUGUCCUCUAAACUAUGGGAGCACUCUACUCCAUCCAAAACAUGCGACGUACUCAUCACAUUUCCCAAAGGGACAGAGGACUACACGGUAAUGUGGUUGCUAUCGAGACUGCGAGCCAGAGUGCCAGAUAUCGACGUUCAUGUGCGUCAAAUGGCUCACUCACCAGUCUACGGUUUCUAUCUAACUUCAACUUUUGAAGUCUUCCUGCAAAAAGCCGAGGAACUGGGAUUAAAGAAAAAGCUACGCACAGGUGGAAUUACGGAUUUUAAGUACGACGAACGAGAUAGUUUUGAGAAUUCAGAUGAUCCCACGGUCUUCUUCAAAUCUGGAGAGAAACAGAGUAUGAUUUUGGAAAUGGUAAACGACCUGAGAGCCGUGGAGGGUGACGAGCUGGGAAAGAUCAAGUUUGUGGAGGGACAGCAGAUCGUACCAAAGCUGCUGGCGGAGGGCGUAGUGGAGAAGAUGUUUCCUCUUCAUAAUUCAGAUGAUCUAGCCAAACUUAAGAAGUCCUGGGUCUCUGCAUUCUUCAAGAAGCAACCUUUAGACGAUAUCUGCGAGUAUUUUGGUGUCAAAAUCGCCAUGUACUUCGCCUGGCUGGGAAUGUAUACAAAGUGGCUGAUAGCACCCACAGUACUCGGUAUUAUAACAUUUAUCCUGUCCAACAGGGGCGAGGUAACACGAGACUGGUGCAUCCUCUUUUUCAAUAUCUUCAACAUCGUGUGGGCUACGCUCUUCCUAGAAGCCUGGAAACGAAAGAGUGCUGAGCUUGCGUACAAGUGGGGUACAAUGGACAUGCCAUCGGAUGCUCUAAAAGAGCCAAGACCACUUUUUAGGGGAGAUUAUCAGCCUAGCGAAAUAACUGGACGCAUAGAAGCACAUUACCCUUCCUGGAAAAGAAACAUCUUCCGCUACUGCGUAUCACUGCCAAUCAUUCUCACCUCUCUGGGCGUGGUACUGGUCACCAUGCUGCUAUGUUUUGAGUUUCAGAGGUGGGUGGACGGUAUGGAGAAUCCUCCAAAGCCACUGAAGUUUGCUCCAAAAAUCGCCCUGGCGGUCUGCAUUGGCAUGUUGGACGACAAUUAUAAGAAAGUGGCUUAUCAUUUGAACGAUAAAGAGAACUAUCGAUUACAGGAGACAUAUGAAAACCACUUGAUUAUCAAGCUUGUUUCGUUCCAGUUCUUCAACGCCUUCUUGGCACUGUUCUACAUUGCCUUCUACCUCCGAGACAUGGACAGGCUUAAAACUCAACUCGCCGCACUGCUCAUCACUAAACAAGUGGUUGGAAACGUCAAGGAAGCGCUGGUUCCAUUUGUGAAGCAAAAGGUGAAGGAGUGGAAACUAAAGAAGGAAGAAGCUAAGGCGAAAAAAGAGCUAGACGAAAAGGAAGGUAAAGAUAAGGGGGCAGCUGACAAGAAGUCAGAUAAACCCAAGGAAUUGGACUCGCCACUGAUGAACCAGGCUGAAAUUGAGAGCACCAUGGCAGAAUAUGAGGACACGUUCGAGGACUACCUGGAAAUGUUCAUACAGUUUGGUUAUGUGGUUCUGUUCUCUUCUGCUUUUCCUCUCGCUGCCUUGUGCGCUCUUCUUAACAACAUCAUAGAAAUCAGGAGCGAUGCUUUUAAACUGUGUACCAAUCUGCGUCGACCUUUCGGAGAGCGAGUAGAAAACAUUGGCACAUGGCAGGAUGCAAUGGAAGUCAUGGGAGUAGUGGCAGUAAUGGUGAACCUGGCUUUACUUGGCAUGGGCGGCUCAGUUCAGCGGAUGUUCCCCAACAUGACAGUAACUGACAGGAUCAUUCUCAUCGUUGUCCUUGAGCAUCUUGUUCUUGGAAUCAAGUUUGCGGUCGCCUACGCCAUCCCCGACAUUCCAGAAUGGGUGGAAAAUGAAAUAGCCAAGAUGGAAUUCCAGCGAAGAGAGGCUCUGAAGAGUGCUCCCAGCACACCCAAAAGUCCAAAAGAUCCACAGGCAAAAGCUCACACCCCUGUGUAGUAGGACCACUGGAUAAGUCAAAGGCAGGUUCAAGGGACACCUCUUCACGUGUAGUCAUGACUUCAAACGAGUUGCAGCGUUUUAAGGGCUUGUUUUAUUUAUUAGGAUUGACAUUUGUUUUAUAAUUCUUUUGUUCCAAAAAAUCUUACCGGUAAAAAAGGAAGAUUGAGUAACUGUCAACAAACGGGUUAAAUGGGGUAAGGGUUUGUGUGUUUCUAAUGGUCCAAUAAGCCUUUUGAUAGUUAUAAGAAAUUAGACGUCAUGAACUUCACUGAUGACAAGUGACGAAAUGACUUGGAAACAUCUUUAGCUAAUGGAAAAUUCUCAAAUAAAUUAUUCAACUGGUUAACUAGCAAUUGACUAACUGGUUAACAAAGACUCAAUUAAUAAUAUGACAACAUGAAGUAGUGACUACUAGAUUCAAAAUAAAACUUCCAACCAUACUAACACGCUUCCUAACGCACCAUAUAAAUAUGGGAACUGAGUGUGUUCUGAAGAAAAACCCCUAAUGCUAACUCGACACUAAACUUUAGCCGCAUUGGGUGUAUCUCCCCUUCUCUUUGUUAACAUACGACAAUUUUAACAUAAGGUAAACAUAAUUGAAAAGUAAACUGUUGACGUUAAUUUAACUUCCAUUAAAACUAAAUGAUGACUUGUGUAGCAAAAACUAAAGCGUUUUAAAAAUUGCUGACAAUUAAAGGGAAAAAUAGCAUACACGGAACACAACCUGUGUACAGCCGCCCCUACCUUAACAGACAAAAAAAAAAAAAACAAUCGGGAAGGGGCGUCUCUGACUACAAUAAUUCAUCACGGGUUCAAAAUUAAUGCACUGCUGAACACUGAUUCGUGUUAAACGCUGCAGUCAAGCUAGGAAUCAGCAAUUCCAUGUAUAGAAACUAAUACAAGUAAUUAUAGUAAUGAUAAAAUUCAUGUUAACGAUAAUAACAGUAAUAAUAAUAAUAAUAAUUAUAAUAGUAAUACUUAUAAUAGUAAUUAGGAUAAAGACGUCAAUGAUAACGAUAACGACGACAACCAACAAGUUUUUCUUUCAUAUUUUCAAACUGACUUUCCAUCCUACCUCACUUUUCAAUACCACAGCUAAUGGAGGGACAACAAGUUAACCAAUGACACGACUAAUCUUAAAAUGUUAAAAAGUAAUCACAGGCGCAAAUUACUGUAGGAUAAACAGACACCAGCGGAAAACCCUUUUAAAACCAACUACACGCAAACUCACGUACUUAACUAAGAAACUAUUUGGACGUUUUAAUUCUUCUCUGACCGUCACACUCGGCUGUUUCAUACAGGAUCAGCCGGUCUUACAAAAAGUUAUGCUAGCGCUGAAAUAUACGCCGAGGUUUGGCGAUUGACUUUAACCAGACAAAAGGACAGUCAUGAUCAGACAGACAGACAGACAGACAGACAGACAGACAGACAGACAGAGAGACAGACGCACGGACAGAAAAACAGACACAGAGACACAGUUGUCACACAGGUUAAAUACGAAAUAACAGCAGCCAGCGUUAGCUGCAGUUAUAACUGCGUGUAACCUUUUUAACUUGAAACCCUGACCAAGUUGAAGCGUUAAAGUGUGUACUUCCUGCAACGAGCUAACGCGGUACUAAUCAAGAUCUAGGAAAUAAUUAGAACAGAAAACAAAACGCUAGCUACGUCAUUUGAACUAAAUAGCUUAAAGGGAAAACAUGGAACUAAUUCAGUGAACAUCGGCGGCCUUCACUUAAAACGACAAAAAUGCAAAAACUGCUUACCACAUUGUGGCUAACUUUAAAUGUAUGCAUUUAACUAAGACAAGAAUCUAACAACAAGGUAUAGAGACUGCAUAUAUCAAAAUAUGUUUUUACUUGCCAUUAUACUCCUAAUUUUCUUACAUAUUUCUACUAGCGAAUGACGCAACAGGGCUACUGAAAAAAUUGAACUCAAUUAAGAUUUAGUUAUCGAAUCUAUAACAAAAGAAAAGGUUGGCUUAGUAAAAAGUUAGGAUACUCAGUAACAGAGGAAGACGAAAGCUCAAUAAGAACGUAGAUUUACAACUUAAAAAACUAACCCUUGUACUGAACGAGUUAAUUUUAAUAAUUUUUUGCUAGUCUGAGUGACUUUUGUUUCUGCGUAGUGCUCCACUCCAUAUUCCACCUUUGCCAUUCUUUGUACUAACAUUAACUUGAUUUUAUUGGUAAGCUAGUUUGAUCCUUGCCUGUCUUAUUCAACACAUUCAGGCGACGUGGUUGUUUCAAGUUAAUUUCGAUGACGGCUCAUAAAUGGGUGACCGAGAAAAACGCAAAUCUCCUUAAUUCAAACAAAGUACCAUACCGUCUUUGUAUUAUAUUUGACUGACAUAUUAACAUGAAAUAUGUAACAGCAGAUCUUUGGUACUUAUCAUUUCAAACUUUUGUUCUCAAAGUAAUGUAAAAGUAAUACCAAGAAAACAGUUAAACAUAGUAUCAUCGCAAUAUUUACACAGGACCUGCGACAAAAAACGAACACUAUUUGGUGAACAGGUAACCCGAAGAAUCUUAACUACAGAGAAGCAGAGUUCCAUUAUAUUCCAUACCGACGCUAUUGACGUGACACAACAAAAUACGAAAAUGACAAGUUGGCAAACCACUAGUUAUAAGUUAGUAUUCAUGACAAAUACAUCACCAGUAACCAGUAAUUACACUGACACAGGAUGCAAGAAAAUGCAGACUGAGGGACAAUUAUCUAGCAAAAGAUAAAGACAACAUUUUAGCUUCAGAUGGAUCACAAAGCUAAAAAGGACAAAGAACAUUACUCAGACUAAAACAGGAACAAACGAUAUAGAAAAAAUGAGAAAAACUGAACUAGUCUUUUAAAAAUGAAAGCAAUAAUAGAUAGAAUUCUUAAACAACUUGUAAUUAAGAGUGGUCGAAGAAAUAAGGUCACUAAUGUAGGAAAGAGUCGAUUUUGUGGGCGACUUUGGAGUUAGAUCAAUCAUGUGAAAUAUCUACUCUUUACAUGUAGCUGCAACUAUUACACAUCUGGCCCCCGGUUGUUCGAAGGAUGGAUAACGCUGUACACUGAAUAAACCUCUAUCCGAUGGAUAGCGCAGCACGUUUUGCUUUUACUUAUCUGCUGAAUAGCGAUUUAUCUGCUGGAUUGCGUUAACCACCCUUAAUACAACUGGGCCCUGGCAUUGUGAAGUUUGUAAACCAAUUAAAACAAAGUAGAUAAACAUGCCCAGGUAUCAGGUUUUAAAAUUUCUAGUUUCCACCAGGUUUUUUUCUUUUUGAUUUUUGUCAUCUACCCUUAAUUCAACAGUGGAUUGUAAAACCCUUCUUGGGUCGGCUACCAUAAAAAUCGUCUUCAGUCUUGACAAUUUUUUUCAAUAUUUUUCAAAAAAGAGUUUCUGUGCACUUUCAUUUAAAGUAGCAAAGAUGGCUUCAUUAUCUAGAGAACUGAAAUUAUUUGUAUGUAAUUAUUACAUACCUUUGCAGAUAAUUUAGUUCUAUAUGUAAGUGCUAGAGAACAACUAAAUAGAUAUGAUAUGCACUGUAAAGGGAAUAAAGUAAACUUUAUAGUUUAACUGAAAAAA